AUGAGUGAUUCCGUUACUAUUCGCACCAGAAAGUUCAUUAGAAACCCUCUUUUGGGCCGUCGCCAAUUUGUCAUUGACGUUCUCCACCCCGGCUCUGCUGGUGUUUCCAAGGACGAUCUCCGUGAGAAGCUUGCUGGUCUCUACAAGUCGGAGAAGGAUGCUGUCUCUGUCUUUGGCCUCAAGGCUCACUUUGGUGGCGGUAAGACCACUGGUUUUGGUCUGAUUUACGACUCUCCUGAGGCUCUCAAGAAGUUUGAGCCCAAGUACCGCCAGAUCAGAUACGGCGUUGCCUCCAAGGUUGAGGGCCCCGGCAGACAACAAAGAAGACAGAAGAAGAACCGUGGCAAGAAGAUCUUUGGCACUGGCAAGAGAGAGGCCAAGAGAGCUGCCAAGAAGGCUGCCGAGUAA